AUGGCGACUUCCUUGCUGGGUUUUUACGGCCGCUUAGAGCCCACAAUUUCACAGCAAGGAGCGUUUCCUGUGAAGAUUUCAGCUUCAAGAAAAACUACGCAAAGCCAUGAGCGUCGAAUCGAAUGCAGUUUAAAGAGAAACUCAAGCUCUCUAAUCGGAAGAACGAUUAGGAGAUUGGAUUUUUCAGUUUCACCAAUCAAAAAGCUGUUGUCUUACUUGAAAUCGGAUUGCUUGGAAAAUGCACUCCAACUGUUCGACGAAAUGACUAAACCAAAUACUUUUGUUUGGAACGUGAUGAUCAGGGCACUGGUUGAUUCUGAAUUAUUUGAAAAAGCUGUUGAAUACUAUUACUGGAUGAAAAUUGAAGACAUCAAACCCGAUCAUUUUACUUUUCCUUUCGUGAUCAAAUCUUGCACGGGGAUGUUUAGUUUGAAGGAAGGGCAGAAAGUUCAUUCCGCCGUUAUUAAAUUUGGACUCGAUUCAGAUGUCUACAUAUGUAAUGCACUCAUUGUUAUGUAUGCUAAGGCUGGGCGUGUCGAAGAUUCGGAGAAAGUUUUCGAGCACAUGCCUGUUAGGGAUGCAGUUUCUUGGAAUUCAAUGAUCUUUGGCUAUGUUUCAGUCGGGGAUGGUGGGAAUUCCUUGUUUUAUUUCCGGGAAAUGCAGGAACAUCAAAUGGAAGUUGACGGGUUCAGCUAUGUCGGGGCUUUAAUAGCUUGUUCGAUUGAGUGUCAUUUGCUAGGCGGGAAGGAGAUCUUCUGCCAGGUGCUUAGGAAUCGGGAUGAAUUAGACUCGAUGAUUCGGAGUUCCCUCAUCGACAUGUUUGGAAAAUAUGGCGAAGUCUAUUUAGCUGAGAAUCUAUUUUUUGGAGUUUCGGAAACAAAUGUGGUGGUUUGGAAUGCAAUGAUUGGCACAUUUGUGUCGAACGACCGAUGUUUAGUAUCGUUUUCUUGUUUGAGAAAAAUGCAGCGCGAUCACCGUGUGGCACCGGAUGUCUUCACACUAAUUAAUACGCUCCCUGCCUGCUCAAAAGUUAAAGCUCUGUCACACGGGAAAUCCAUCCAUGGAUGUGUGAUUAGAAGAGGAUUUUCGAGUCAUGUAGUGUUGGAGACAGCUUUGGUUGACAUGUAGGGUAAAUGUAGCGAAGGUAUGAAGGAAAUAAACUUGGUCACAUGGAAUGCCAUGAUUGGCGCCUAUGUACAAAAUUCGCGCAACAUAGAAGCUGUGGAAAUGUUUCGAAUUUUUUUGCACGAGUCGUGUUUACCCGAUGAAUGGAAAUUUGCGAGCAUUCUUUCAGCCUAUGCAGAAAUAGCCUUGCCGAAAGAAGGGCAGCAGGUGCACGGCUAUGUCAUUAAAUCGGGGUUUUCUUACGGUACGUUAGUAUCAAAUUCGAUUAUUCAUAUGUACGCCAAAUGUGGGAAUCUUGAGUCAGCGCGGAUCGUUUUCGAUAGGAUAGUGUUUAAGGAUGUCAUCAGGUGGGACACGACUAUGAUGUCACGGAUUUGGCGAAUGUUGCUGUUGGAUCCUGAAAUUCGGAGCUUCCAAGAACGUUCGUCGAUUUGUCGGUGUGGGUUCCGGAAGUACUCCAAAGAGCCUCUCCGUCGUCGGAUUGGAGGCGGCUCCUACGAUGGAGCCUGCACAGCUUCGAUCGUCCACAAGGCUUCGAGCCUAAACGACCGAUUUCAAUGA